UUGGGUCCUCCGGAGCUCGGCCGAGAAGCGAAGGGGGCGGCGGUGCCGGCGGCAGCCGGGACUUCCUGUGACAGCCCAUUUCCUGCUCGGAUGGGGCCGGCGGGCGGCGGGGUCGGUCCUUGACGGGCUCCGUGGCCGCCAGGCAGCGAUGCGGGCCCCGCCGUGAGCCGCCGCUGGGGCUGCGGCUUGGCCGGCCCUGGGCACCGCUGUGGGGUGCAUGGAGGCACCCCCACCCCGGCCCGCACUGAGGUACCGGGCGGGGGCCGUGUCAGGGGCCCUGUCAGUCGGGCCUCCGCUGAGGGGGCUGCGGCGGCCCAGGCCGCGCUGUGAGGGGAGCUGCCGAGCCCUUGCCGUGCUCGGGUGAAUCCCUCCCGGCCCCGGAGCCUGUCUCGGCCGGGCGGCAGGAAGCAGGAGCGGGGAAGGGGAGGGUUGGGACCGUCAGAGCAGCAUCGCCUCCUGAGACAUGAAGAAGUUCUUCGACUCGCGUCGGGAGCAGGCUGGCUCCGGGCCCGGCUCGGGCACCAGCGGCGGCGGCGGCGGCAGCGGCGGCCCCGGCAGCGGGUACAUCGGACGGGUGUUCAGCAUCGGCCGGCACCAGGUGACGGUGGACGAGGUGCUGGCGGAAGGUGGAUUUGCCAUAGUGUUUCUGGUGAGGACUAACAACGGGAUGAAAUGUGCCCUCAAGCGGAUGUACGUCAACAACGAGUACGACUUGCAGGUCUGCAAAAGGGAGAUCCAGAUCAUGCGGGAUCUGUCUGGCCACAAGAACAUUGUGGGAUACAUUGAUUCCAGUAUAAACUCCGUCAGCAGCGGGGACGUGUGGGAAGUGCUCAUCCUGAUGGACUUCUGCCGAGGGGGUCAGGUAGUGAACCUCAUGAACCAGCGCCUGCAGACAGGCUUCACGGAGACCGAGGUCCUGCAGAUCUUCUGUGACACCUGCGAAGCCGUCGCCAGGUUGCACCAGUGUAAAACCCCCAUAAUCCACAGGGAUUUGAAGGUGGAAAACAUCCUGCUGCACGACCGUGGCCACUAUGUCCUGUGUGACUUUGGAAGUGCUACUAACAAAUUCCAGAACCCUCAAACAGAAGGGGUGAAUGCAGUGGAGGAGGAGAUCAAAAAGUACACUACGUUGUCCUACAGAGCACCAGAAAUGGUCAACCUGUACAGUGGCAAACUUAUUACUACAAAAGCAGACAUAUGGGCCCUUGGCUGUUUGCUGUACAAGCUGUGUUACUUCACCUUGCCCUUUGGAGAGAGUCAGGUGGCAAUCUGUGAUGGCAACUUCACCAUUCCAGAUAAUUCCCGGCAUUCGCAAGACAUGCACUGCCUCAUCCGGUAUAUGCUUGAGCCAGACCCUGAUAAGAGACCUGACAUUUAUCAGGUCUCCUACUUUGCAUUCAAACUGGCCAAGAAGGAAUGCCCAGUCCAGAACGUCCAGAACUCACCAAUCCCCAGCAAACUCCCAGACCCGGUUAAAGCAAGUGAAGCUGCUGCAAAGAAGAGUCAGCCCAAGGCCAGGCUGACAGAUCCCAUCCCUACAACAGAAACUUCCAUAGCACCUCGCCAGAGACCUAAAGCAGGACAGACACAACCCAACCCUGGAAUCCUGCCCAUUCAGCCAGCCCUGACACCUAGGAAGAGGCCCACGGCUCAAGCAGCCAUUCAGCCCCAAGUUGCAGGCCCUGCUGCCCUGGCCACUGCUCAGCCCUCGCUCCCUGCAAGUGUUCCCCAGCAAAAAGCAGCACCUCAACAGGCUCCAGCACAGCCGCAAGCCAAGCAAGCACCGCCUCCCCAGCAAGCCCCACAGGCACAGCCCCAGGUCCCCUCUACUCAGCCACAAGCCACACCUCAGCAUCAACAGCAGCUUUUCCUGAAGCAGCAGCUCCUGCAGCAGCAGCAGCAGCAGCAGCAACAACAACAGGCUGCCUAUUACCAGCAGCAGCAGAUGAUGCAGGCACAGCAGUUCCCAGUGAUGCAGCAAGGAGCGCCAGCCCAGCAGCAGCUCAUGCAGAACUAUUACCAGCAGCAGCAACAGCAGCAGCAGCAGCAGCAGAUGAUGGCCCAGCAGGCAGCAAUGCAGCAGAAGACAGCAGGAGCAGCAGGUCAGCAGAAACAGCAAGCCCCAGCCCCAGCGCAGCCCCAGCCCCAGCAGAGUGCGGCCCAGCCAGCACAGCAGCAGGAACAAGUGAUGCAGGCACAAAUGAGGCCCCAGCAGAAGCCUCAGACGACCCCUCCUGCAGCAGUGCAGGGUCAGAAGCUGGGGUCUCUCACCCCUCCAUCCUCCCCCAAGACCCAGCGUGCAGGCCACAGGAGGAUUCUGAGCGACGUGACCCACAGUGCAGUGUUUGGGGUUCCAGCCAGCAAAUCCACCCAGCUGCUGCAGGCAGCUGCUGCUGAGGCCAGUCUCAACAAGUCCAAAUCUGCUUCCACCACCCCAUCGGGUUCCCCAAGGACCUCACAGCAGAAUGUCUAUAACCCACCCGAUGUCUCCACGUGGAACCCAUUUGAUGAUGAUAACUUCUCCAAACUCACAGCCGAGGAGCUGCUGAACAAGGACUUUGCAAAGCUGGGUGAUGGGAAGGCUCCAGAAAAGAUGGGCAGUUCCACAGAGAACUUGAUCCCAGGUUUCCAGCCGGCUUCCUCUGCGGCCCAGCCGGAUGCAUUUGGUGGCUCUUCCUUCACUGCUGGACCAGCUGAGAAAACGAAAGACAUUCUGAGCUUGGACGCUAGCCCUUCUCUUCUGACUGUGCCUGAUCCUUUCAUUCCUCUCCCAUUAUCCGACACGCCAGAAAAACUGAUUGAGGGACUCAAAUCUCCUGAGACUGCUCUUCUGCUCCCUGAUCUCCUGCCUCUCGCUGACCCCUUCGGUAGCACCUCAGAUGCUGUGAAUGGAAAAGCUGACGUGGCCGUGGAGAGCCUGAUUCCAGGCCUGGAGGCUCCGCUGCCCCAGCGCCUCGUCUCACAGCCCGAGUCGGUGGCCUCCAACAGGACAGACUCUCUCACUGGGGAAGACUCUCUGCUUGACUGUUCCCUGCUUUCUAACCCUGCUGCUGACCUCGUGGAUGAGUUUGCUCCGGUAGCUUUCGCAGCUCAACCUCACAAAGAAGAUACUAACCUGAUAUCAGGCUUUGAUGCUCCUGAGGGCUCUGAAAAGGUGACAGAAGAUGAGUUUGACCCAAUUCCAGUGUUGAUAUCCAAAAAUUCACAAGGUCUGCAGAGGGAUCCAGCCCUAUUCCCAGUUGAACUCUGUAAAGGGCCUUCUGGCAGUGAUGGACUUGCUUUGUACAAGGGUCGGUGUGAGAUGCGGGAGGUGAAAACGCAGCACAACUCGGAGUCAGACUACUUGGCAAGAGAUGGUCCUUCAAGCAACAGCUCCUUCUACAGCAGUGAAGGAGAGGGGACAGACCAUGAAGGGGACAUUCUGGAUUGCAGUGGGUCCAGGCCUUUGCUGAUGGAUUCAGAAGAGGAGGAGGAAACCUGCAAGUUGUGCCCAGGGUUCCUGCAGUCUGUGCCCAAGGAAAGGCAUGAGGCUUCCAAAGAGGAUCCCCAUUCCCAGCCUAGAGCAGGGGAGAUGCUGUUCCCUGCCUUCCAGUCACACACCGGGGAGGUUUUCAAUGAGCCAGAUGUCUUUGCCACGGCUCCUUUCCGAAGCGUGAGGAAAGUGCCUGAUGAGGUGGAUGUCUUUACCAAAGCUCCUUUUAUCUCCAAGGGGAACGUGGCUCUGAGGCAUCCCGAAGAAGCAGACGUGUUUCUGAGAGCCCCUUUCACUAAAAAGAAAAGCAUGGAAGAGUUGACUUCCCAUAGCACAUCUAAAGAGUCAUUCACACCUCCCAUCCUCCUGAGUCAGGGAGGCGAUGGCCAGCACCGAGCUAACCCCGUGAUGCCAAGCCUGGACUCUGCCAUGUGUGGGUCCCCAGCCUCGGCCAGAGCUCAGUACUCCUCUGCUGGCUUUAAUCAGCCAGGAAACCUUCAUGCCUCUCCCAUCAGAGCCCCAGAGGCCCAGGAGCACAUCCCUGCUAAAGGCUGUGUGGAGCAGGGUGGCACUGCCGGUGAGAGGAGCCCCGGGGCAGGCACGCUGCCACAGGAGGCUGUGCUGGGCUCCGUGGGUACCAAACCUUUCCGUCCACAAGCCCUGUCCAAAUACUCCCGUCACUACAGCCCGGAUGAUGGGCAGGGGCUCGACGUGAAGCCCAUCGCUGCUUACAAAGUGGUUUCCCAGCCCAACAGACAGGCGAUAGCAGGAUCUGUCUCUGUUGUCCCUCUGUCUUCCAGGACUACGGAGCUGCCCGGCGGGGAUCCCUUUGCUGCAGCACCCUUUCCUUCCAAAGCAGGAAAGCAAAAGCCUUAAUCUGCUGUGAGCUGGGAGGUGUGCUUCCCUAGGAGCACCUCCCACAGGACCUUGAACCUCUUAGUUGAAAUGAAUGAUAUAGCAAUAUAUAUAUAUAAAUAAUUAUUAUUUUUGGGUCAGAACUCUAUUUGCAGUGCUAUAUAGCUGAACCAUUUUAAGUUAUGUUAGCCUCAAACCUGGCUCUCAGGAUCUUCAUAUCCUUUUCAGUUGCUUCUUACCUUCCUCCUCUCAUUGUCUUCCUCUCCAUUUAUAGUUUUGAUGCUUUCCCAAGCCAGUAAUAUUCCAUAUCUUCUGGUCCUGGCUGGGAAAAUGCAUUACAAGAAGAAUGAAGAGGUUUAUGGAUUACAGAGCAAGUCAAGCGGGACUUGCUAGUGCUCUGGAAAGGAAGUGAUUUCACAGGUUAAAGGGUUCUUGUGACUUCUUCCCUCUUUCCUAUCAGUGCAAGACAGCGAUGUUGUAUAUUCCUGCUGCUUGGCCGCGAUGGCAAACCUGGCAGCCAUGCUCCGGAGGCUGUCGUGUGCAUCCAUAGGUGAUGCCAUGCAGGAGAUGGUGGCACCAGGUCUGUGUUAGAGCCAUUUCUGUCAGUUCAUGUGCGUGUUCCCUGUCUGGUUUAUGCCAGCGCAGGGAUCUGCUGAUGGUGGUGUUGCAGGAGGGAGCUGGGCAGCAGUUUUACAGUAUUAAACAUAAGCCUUACUGAAAAGCUGAGUGUGCAAACGCUUCCCUGGCUGUCCCGAGCUCCAUACCUCAUGUGGUCACUUCAGUGCUGGCUGCAAUCCGGUUAGGCUGAGCUAUAGAGAACCUCCCCUCCGUUUGUGAACUCUGCCUUUUGUAUUCCUGGUGAUAAAGGAUGAACCUAAACAAAAUCCAUCCAUGCUCCUUUGGGAAUGUUUGCUCUGCUUCCAAAACACUGUGUGUUCUACCCUGUUCCCAAGGAGAAAGGCAACUUCUUCUUGGUUGUUCAGUCAUUGAUGUAGGGAAUCCCAGUACAGUGUUUGGAGGAAAACCAGCCCUGACAAGCAGAAAGCAAGCAGGCUGUGCUCCCCUCUCCUUCCACUGAUGUAGGACAGGGAUAAGAGUGAAACCUCCCAGCUUGAUUCUGCAAAGUGCCUGGUUGCAGUUGUCUCAGAUCUGCAAUUUCUGGCCCUUAGAGGCUCUUUAAGUGUGGAGUUGCUCCCAAAGAUCCAGGUGUAGGGACUCUUGGGGCUCCCAGUCGUGGAUGGAUCUUUGCAGUGCAGUCAUCCUUCCCCUGAGAGGUGCUGGUGCUGCAGAAUGUCUCCCAAGAGAAGAUUUCAGUGGGUUUAAUCUAAAGGACUUGAUUUAUAUGGAAAACAUCCCUUUUUAUUCCAGUGGUAUCUGGCCAAGCCUCAUGGUGGCCGUUUCCCAAUGGAGUUUGUUCAUUACUGCAUGAGCUGAAGCUUGCACUGAGGGUAAAGACAUAUCUUGCCUUUGGGGGUCUCCCACAAGCAAUGGGUGGCUUGCUGAGAUCAGGAUGCAGAGCAGGUCCCUGCCCUGCCCACUCUCUGAUGGGGUUGUACUGGGAUUACUGUCCCUGUAAGAGAUGGAAGGAUCAGAUACAGCUGCUCCUAACUCACUGGAGGCCCACUCAGGAGAGUUUCUGCAGCUCAAAAUAGACUUCAGUCUGGUUUGACAGGGAAGAGACCCCCUGAUGCCACCUCUAGGACAGAGCUUUGUCCAAAUAAGAAGCCCUAGAGGAAUGCAACAGGCAUGUUGAAGAUACACGUGAAGGCUGCUUGAACAAAGCAGAGCACUGCACAGUCCAGGGUUGACUCCUAACCCAGCCGUGUAAGGGGAGGAGGGAUGGAAAAACCCUGAACGCCAGGAGCUGACUAACAAAGCAUGUGCAAAUAGGAGUUACCAACUGCUCCAGGUUUCCGUUCCCCUCCCCAAACUCAGGCCCUUCCAAACUAUCUCCAAUUGCCAGAGAUGAGCCAAAUGUUCUGCUGGACGUGCCUGGCAUGGGGAUCGCCUGGAAGGGAGAGGAAGGAGUUUGGGCUGAGCUCUUGCAGCCUGGGAUGGGGAGGGAGAACACUUGGAAGCAGGGAGGCUUGCACAGCCUGAUUGCUGGCAAAUAGCGACUUGCUGAGCCCAGGUCAGGUCCAAUUCUGCUCUGCUACACUGGGAGUGAAGUAAUAUUGAUGCACACUGAUGGGUUUUGUGUCCUCUGUCACCACGUCUUGAGAAGUACUGUAAAGAAUUCCCUGGCUUUCCCUGGAGAUGUUCCUUCAGCAAUGCUGAGGCUGUUGUUGAUUGUGUUUUGUUGUUGCUUUCUGUUUCAAUCUAUACCCGAGAGGCGGUUGUUUCUGUUCUAAAUACACACAUGAUGCACACCCCAAGUUGCUUGUUGCUGGAUUGGAUCUGUGCGAGCUGCAAACUGUGAAUUCAAGGGGUACUGAGGACAAUGAGUGUGAGGACACAACUCGUGGCAUGGGGCUGAGCUUGGCCUUGAGUUGGUGAAUUGGCUGGGAAGCUGCUGGAAGGGAGGUCAGGCCCAUGGAACAAGGGACUAAGCAGGUCCCAUGUGUAAAGAAGAGGUGGGUUCAAGGCAUUACCUCUGCAAACUGGAUCCAGGUUCUCCUUCCUGCUUUUUUACUUGAAAAACUGCAUUUGGGUAAUUCUGUGAAACGUCCUCCAGUGCCACGUCCAGUCCCUUAGCUGAUGCUGGAGGAGCAUCAUCCUGCUCCCCUUCAUGCUCAGAUCUCUUGGCCCUUAUUGGCGAGGUGGAAAUGAGCUGUGGGUUCUUCAGCCCUCCCUUCUCCUGCCCUGCAAGCCAAGGGUGGAAGGGAGAACCCAGCAAGGCCCAGUGGGGUGUGCGGGUUUGCUGCAGCCCUGCUUGAUGUUGAGUCAGGCUCAAUCUCCAGGUUUGGCAGCUUUUAUGUUCUUCAAGCACUUUACACAAAGAGCAAGUAAACCCUGCCCCAAAAGCCAGCAUAUAUCCGGUGCUUAAGUGGUCUGAAAGCUGUUCUAGGGGGGUGGAGGCAGCUUGUUUGUAUCUCUGUGUGUGACCUGUAAAGUGAUGGGACUUUUGGUUCUGGGCAGAAAACUGCAUUUCAGUGCCUGUUGAUCUGAUCUCCAUCUCAUUUCCAGCCUGGUUUCUUCCUCAUCCUGCACUACCAGUGCUGCAGCUUCAGCGUGAUGAGUUGUAAGUGGAAAUGUGAUUUCCAUGCUCUCUGGAGCCUACUGGUUUUAAUGAAUGUGGGAGAAUAAUGGGAAUUGCUUCCUUUGCCACACAACUGGUGAUCUUAAUCAGAUUGCAUAGUGGCUUAAGCCCAGCUGGUAACUCAGAACCACGCAGCCACUCGCUUAUUCCCAUG